CCAAAGUUAAUGAUUACGACAACCAAAGGGAAGUUGUUCAGCUCUGCUUGUGGAUCCCCAAAGAGGAUGAGUUCAGUUUGGAUUUCGUAGUAACCAAGGUACCGUACAUGGACUGGUACGUACUGCGGCAACAGGAACCGGCCAUGGCCCAGGGCAGCUCUUGCUAAACAGGUACAUCCAUCCAUCCGUUACCAUUACCUUAUCCUUAUCGAUCAAUACAUAGUGUACCUACUGUCAUAUUCCCGUUUCCAUUCUUCAGCAUCCUUCUUCUCCUCUUCACCUAUUACCUACCUACUUUUCUUCCCCUUUACUACUACUUCUUCUUCCCUCUCAUCUUACUUCUUCGUCUUCUUCUUCUCCUUCCACAGCAUUUUUCGCCGCUGCCAUUGCUGUUGCUCGCCAGAGAUCGUCCCCGAUCCCCGUUCGGUUCUAGUCUCGCCGCCGCUGCCAUCGCAUCCGCCAACGACGUCCAGACUUGCCAUCCCCACGUUUCCACCGGCAACGCCCUGCUACGUCGACGAACAGGUACCUGGAAAGCCUUUGCGCAAUACCGGCCUACCAACUGCCCUUGUUGUCAGCCAAGAAGUCCCCGGACACUGGCACUACCCCAACUCGACUUGCCUCACGCGAUCAACUACUUCACCGUACUUGUCAACGACACUUGAUCAGGACUACAAGAACACGACGACUGCGCGCCCAAUUCCGUGGCUACAUGUACUCGCAGCGUUUCCUGCCCUUCCCCGACCUCGACCUUUUCCCAGCACACCAGCACAUCAGCAACCAUGGCCCCUAGGACAAACGGCAUUGGUGUGCAAGUUGAGAACACCCGCAUCUGCGUGGUGAUGGUGGGUCUCCCGGCCCGUGGAAAGAGCUAUAUCGCACAGAAAGCGCAACGCUAUCUUGCCUGGCUCUCGAUCCCCGCCGCUACAUUCAAUGUCGGCAACUACAGACGCACAGAUGCCCCCCAACCGCCCGCCGACUUCUUUGAACCCAACAACCCGGAGGGAGAGCGCAAGCGUCGCGCUGCUGCCGAGGCUGCGGUAGCCGACAUGCUCAGGUGGUUCAAGAAGGGAGGAGUUGUCGGCAUCCUCGAUGCCACCAAUAGCACAAAAGAGAGGCGCAAAUGGGUGCUCGAUCUCAUGACCCAAAACAACAUCGAGGUCAUCUUUGUCGAGUCCAAGUGCGACGACGAGAACAUGAUUAUGGCCAACAUCCGCGACGUCAAGACCACCAGUCCCGAUUACCAGGGCCAAGACCCCGAAACCGCAGCGCUCGACUUCCGCAAUCGCAUACGCAACUACGAAAAGGUGUACAAAUCGCUUAACCAAGACGGCGACGAGGAGGAUUUGACUUUCCUCAAGAUUAUGAACGUGGGGAAGCAAGUCAUCAUCAACCGCAUUCGCGACUACCUGCAGAGUCGUAUUGUGUACUACCUCAUGAACUUGCACAUUCGCCCUCGAACAGUAUGGCUUUCAAGGCACGGCGAGUCCAUGCUCAAUCUCGAAGGCCGUAUUGGUGGCGAUGCCGAGCUAUCGCACAGAGGUGAAGAGUAUGCGCGGAAGCUCCCCGAGCUAGUAAGAGAAUCCGUUGGUAGCGACCGCCCUUUGACAGUAUGGACAUCAACACUAAAGCGCACCAUUGCCACGGCACGCCACCUGCCAAAACAUUACAAUCAGCUACAAUGGAAGGCCCUGGACGAGCUCGACGCCGGCGUGUGCGACGGCAUGACGUACCAAGAGAUUGCGGACAUGUACCCGGAUGACUUCCAAGCGCGCGAUGAAGACAAGUACAACUACCGGUACCGCGGAGGCGAAAGCUACCGCGACGUGGUGAUCCGACUGGAGCCCAUCAUCAUGGAGCUGGAGCGUAGUGAGGACAUUCUCAUCAUCUCGCAUCAGGCUGUCAUUCGCUGCAUAUAUGCAUACUUUAUGCAAAAACCGCAAGAAGAAAGCCCCUGGGUUCCCGUGCCGUUGCACACACUGAUCAAGCUGACACCGAGGGCGUAUGGGACCGACGUGCAGACUUACAAGGCCAACAUCCAGGCUGUUAGCACGUGGAGAGGAAAGGGAAGCACGGCAAAGCAUGAGGACCCUAGUCCCGAGAAGAGUCUAUUCCAGACCCACUAGGAGACGGAAAAAAACGAAGGAGGAUAACGAAAGACUACAUACACAUACACAAGGACGUUGAUAUAUAAUACCCCCUAUUACUACUAUCAUAUACCACGCUACGGUACAAUACGAAGUUGCGGGUUCUUUUUACAGACGUUGGGAAAACAUUUGGUCCCAAAGAAGGGUUUGGUUUGGUUUUCUCUAUUUCUUUUUCGAGCGACGGCGGCACCAAAAAGCAGCGCGCGAAAUCAAAAGAGAGACGGGAGUGGGUUGCGGUCGCGGCUGGGCCUGGGCCGGUUGGAGUUCUUUUAGGUGGCUUGGGAUUGGAAUUCUUUUAUCAGUUUGACUAUUCCGAAUGAUGUGUUGUUGCAGUAUGUGUAGCGGUAUGUGUGACAGGCAGAACGAGUUUUGGUUGACUUGACCAUUAGCGAGAUAGGUAGCAUAACGAAAAAAAGACACUCUCAGCACUUG